AUGUUUGCAUAGCUAAAGAAGUAGAAAUCUAUUUCAAAAACUAAGUUACUCUACAAAUUAUUAGAAUAAACUGAAUUGUAUUAACUUACUAAAGAAAUCAUGGAUAAAGAUUUAAAGGAAUGUUGGUAACUUUGUUAAACUACUAAAAAUGAUUUUUAAGAAAUUCCAAUCUCUAAAGUUCAUAAGUUUCUAUUCAAAAUAGAUGAUAUUCUAACUAAUCCUUUUGAUUUACUUAUGAAGUAAAAAAUUAAAAAUUUACUAAUUUAAUUGUUUGCAUAAGGAACAUAAGUACCUAAUAUUUUUGGAUGUAUCUAAUUUAAAGGAAAUAAAGUAAUAUUAUCAUGCAGUCUCACAAUUGAAUAAUAAUUAAAAACUAUGAUCAAAUCAGAUUACAAAACUGAACAUAUGGAUUGUUAUUAUAGAGAACUUUUAAUGAAUUCUGAAGAAUUAUUAAUUCAAAUAACUUUAAAUUAUUUAUAUGAAACAAUUAUGGAAGAAAAAUUAAUACUUAAACUAAAAAGUAAUUAAUAAUUGGAUUAAAUUUAUAAAAUUACUAAUUCACUCAAUAAAUAGUAGUUUUCUAAAAAUGGUUAAAAAAUAAUUGAAUUAAUCUAAAAUAUUAAGAAAAGAGUUAAUUCUUCAUAAGAUCAAAUGAUAUUAGUGAAAUCAAUGGAAGAAAAUAAUCAAGUUUAAAUAGAUAAUUAAAAUUAACAAAAUAAUAAAAUCUAAUAAAAUAUUAAAAGCUAAAUUAAUAACUUAGUUUAGAAGAAUAGUCAAAUUUAACAGAACAUCAAAAUUAAACGAAUUGAUCAAAAUUAAUAGACUAGCGAAAUUUAAAAGAAUAUUAAAAACUAGCAGAAAAAGUACAAUUAGUAGAUAAUUCAAAAUUAACAGUAAAACUAAAAUUAAUUAAAUACUGAGGAUACUUAAAACUUAUAGGAUACUUAAAAUUAAUAGAAUACUUAAAAUUAAUAGAAUACUUAAAACUAAUAGUAUAGCUAAAAUUAAUAAAAUAUUCAAAAUUAACAGAAUAGUUAAAAUUAAUAGAAUUAUUAAAAUUUAUAAAAUGAUCAAUAAACAGAUAAUUAGGCAGGCGCAUAAGAGAAUGGGAAAUAUUAUAUUUUUAAAAUAUUGUUGUUAUUAUUGUUAAAAUCAGAAAUAGCUUUACCAGAUAUAAUUAAACUUUUAAAAAUAAGUUAUGUUUGCAAAUAAUAAGAUAUGGAAGAUAGAAAAGGCUUUAUUAAAGUUUAUAUUACUUAAUAAUUAAUAUUUUAAAUUAGUUUGAUGGUAAAAAUUAAGUAGGAUGCUGAAUUGUUAAAAAUUAAUUCAUCUCUGUCUUACUAUGAUGAAUCUAGCAUAAGGGCAGUUAAAUAAGCAAUUAAAUAAUAUUUUCCAGAAUAUGAGUCUAUAAAAUUCAAUUAAGCAAUAAAAUCAUCACUUGAACUAUUAUUAAAAAAAUUUGAUGAAUAUUAGGAGUAAAUAUGUGCUACAAUGGAAGAUAAUAAUGUUAAAUCUGUUUUAAAAAGGAUUUAUAAAAUUUGUGGAAAAUAUUUUUAAAAGAUUUCUGCUGGAGUUAUCACAUUUUAAAAUGCUCAACAAAAAUUUUAAAAAAAUAAUAUGUUAGAAAUAGGAUAUUUAUUAUAUUAAAUACAAAUUAAGAUUGAUUAAAAGAACAAUAAAUAGACAAUGAUAAAAUAUACUAAGGAAACCUUAAUAGAAUAAAAUAAUGAUUAAUAGAUGAACUUUUCAAGGUCAAUUUAUGAAAAGUAAUUAAUAUAAUAUGGAAUAAUAAAUCCUAUAUUUUUUAAAUUCAUUCAACAUUUAGCAUAAAAUUAGAUUCCAUUUCCAGAUAUGUUUUAAUUUUUAAAAAUGGGGUUUCAUAGAUUAUUAAUACAUUAUAGAAUAGAAUCUACAAGAAAAUUAACUUUAAAGAAAAAGUUCAUAGAAUUUGUAAAAUUGCAUUAUGAUCUUGCAAUGACUUAAGAUAGAUUUAUAAAUGUAGAAUUGUUAAAAACAAUAGAUUAGGAGAAAUAUGUGAGAAAAGAGGGACUUGCUUGGCCUUAUUUAAUAUAUUAAUAAUGUAAACUUAUUUAUGAGAACAAAGAGAGAUUCAAAAAGAAACUUUAAUAAUUAGCAAAUAAUAAGGAUUUUCAAGAGAUAAUUCAACAAUAUGUUGGUUAAUUCGAAUCAAACAGUAUAAAAUCCAAAUUAUAGCAAUAUUUAUUAGAAUUGAAUAAUUAUAUAAAAUAAUUAAAUAACUGA